AUGAAGUAUAUUUAUAAUAUAGACCAUCGUCCCCACCCUGCUCUCUCCAAGCCGUCUCUCCAAACACUGUAUUUCCAAACCCGUCUCCCUGUUUUCUUCAUUGUAGGCUUUCUUCUUUUUCCCUUUCUUAUGUCUUCCUUAUCUUUCUCUUACCUCUUUAUAUCUCUUGGGACGCGUCUCUCUUUCUACCUCUAUCGUUCAACUUCACGCACAGUUCUUAAUCUUGGUCCAUUCUCUCUCUCUCUCUCUCUCUCUCUCUCUCUCUCUCUCUCUCUCUCUCUCUCUCUCUUUCUCCCGACCUUAUCUCCCCGUGAACCAAGUUAUCAUUUUUCUUUGAUGUUAAUUUCUAUUGCUAACAAACAUGCUUUCUCCAUUCAUACCCCCUCUGUCUCUCUCUCUGUCUGUCUGUCUGUCUGUCUCUCUCUCUCUCUCUCUGUAUGUAUGUAUGUAUAUAUGUAUGUAUGUAUCUAUCUAUCUAUGGCUUAA